ACGAUGUUUGUAGCAGAUGCUGGGGCGAGAAUCUAGAGUCAUGCGCAGUAUUCAGUAUUGCAGCAGUUAUAAAGGGGUUGGUUGUCUGUAACUAUCCCACAAUCUUUGCCUCUGUUCAACGUCUGAUUCCUGUAUCAACUAUAAUCGUGAAUCAUGGCUCUAUUGACCGUCGGGCUACUAUCUGACCACAUACCGCACAUAGGGCUUGCAGCCCUCCUUCUCGCUCUCCUUACCCCGGCAUUCAUAUACCUCCGCGACAGAAAGGACCUCCGAAGGUAUCCGGCAGCCGGCCCCCUCGGCAUCGCCGCCUUCACGCCUCUAUGGGUAAUGUACUACAGCUGGUACGGGGUGCGGUGGACGGCCAUCGAAAAGGCACACGCACGCCUCGGCCCCGUGGUGCGGAUCUCCCCCAACCACCUCUCCUUCACAGACCCAGACGCCUACAAAGACAUCUACGGCCACCGGUCUAGUAUCAUCAAGGAUGAAUUCUAUAGCCACAUGGCCGGCGACACGCCCAACAUGGCUGACUCGACAGACCGCGCGGACCACGCACGGAAGAGAAAGUACUUUGCGUCCAUCUUCUCGGCGAAGAACGUGGGGAUGCUUGAGCCGCGGGUUGCCGAGUGCGUGCGGAAACUGCUGCGCUGUUUGGAGCUGAAGACGCGCGGGCAGAAGGUAGCUGAGACUGAUCGAUUCCCUGUGCGUGCGGAUGGGAGCUUCGAUGUGCGCCCCUGGUUCAACAUGUUUACGUACGAUGCCAUCAGCUCGAUGAUGUGGUCAGAUAGCUUUGGGUUUCUGGAUCAGGGCGACGACGUUUGCAUUGCCGAGUCGGCGACAGGGGAGAAGAAGAAAGUGCGUGCGAUGGAGUCCUUCCAGACUGGUGUUUGGUUUACAGUGUUUGGCGCCCACCUGCCGCUCUUUGCGUACAAAGCGUUGCGGUUUGUGACGAAGAACUCGAACCUCGCCCUGAUGGGGGAUUUUCCGCAGAUGGCCCGGCACAGAGUGAACCGACGCCUCAAGGCAUCGCCUGCAGAGCCGGAUAUCUUCUCUCAGUUCCCCACAGAGAACGAUGUGAAGGGUCGGCCUCCGCUGCCGAUGUGGGAGAUUGUUGCUGAAAGCAAUGUGAUGCUGAACGCCGGGAACGACACCACCCAGACAACCCUAACUAACAACAUCCUCCUCCUGGGAACCCAUCCGCAUAUCCAAACCAAGCUGCGAGAUACCUUAGUGUCCAGUAUCCCCAAAUCGUCCAGACCUGUAGCCCCCUACUCAACCCUCGCCCAGAUCCCCUAUCUCCGCGCUGUCCUCGACGAAACCUUCCGCCUCAUGGUCCCCCAGCGCUUUGGCCUCCCUCGCCGCACCGUGGAGCAAUCGGUAGUAUCCGGCCAUCACAUCGCCGCAGACGUUACCGUCUCCUCGCCUCUAAGCGAGCUGCACCUGAACCCGGACCUAUUCUCACGCCCACGGGAGUAUAUCCCCGAGCGGUGGAUUGCGGGGAACGAGGACUUUUCUGAUGAGGAGCGGCGCAACCUCAAGGACUAUGUGAUGCCAUUCACAACAGGGACAAGGGCCUGUAUUGGCCGCAACUUGGCGUAUAUGGAAGUGAGUGUUGCGAUAGCGGCUUUGGUGAUGGCGUUUGAGUGGAGGCUGCCAGAUGGGGGGGUUAAGGAGAACUUUGGCCAGUUUGAACGGAUUACCUCGAAUCCGACCAAGUUGAAUGUGAUUGCUAAGCCGGUUAUGUAG